UUGUUUUCACGCAGUCAGCGUUGAACAUUGCCAUACAGCUCUGCGGAAAGUCUUGCCGUAGCUAAGAGCUUAAAAGUAAAGACGGUAUCACUAUUACAUCAUACAGGUAUUGAACACAGAUAAGCUGACAGGAUGAGCGACCAUUUGUUACAUACUAACGAUUCCAACCAAUCCAAAAUAGGACAUUGUUGGAACAAGACCAAUAUUCAAGAAACGCCGAUACAAAAUUUCUACGCGAACCAGUCGAUUUUCAUUACAGGCGGAACUGGAUUCCUCGGGAAGGUCUUGAUUGAGAAAUUGCUGCGAAGUUGUCCCAAUAUCUCUAAGAUAUACGUGAUAAUAAGAUCAAAGAAAAACAAGAGCGCCACUAGCAGACUAGACGAAAUUUUCGAAAGUUCCCUAUUCGAUCGGGUAAGGAAAGAGACGCCUAAUUUUCGUGACAAGGUCGUGCCGCUCGUGCAAGUCAAUGAUUUGUAUGAAGAAAGCCUAGGACUUACGAAGGAUGACAUUGAUCUAGUGAUAAAUAAGGUAUCGAUAAUUUUCCACUUAGCGGCGACUGUACGCUUCAAUGAGAAGAUUGAAAUUGCUACAAAAAUAAACGUAUAUGGCACCUGUGCUAUUUUAAAUUUGGCCAAACGUAUGCCAAACUUAAAGUCAUUCAUUUAUGUAUCGACUAUAACUGCUAACUACUUCACCGCGGUAACACACGUAGAAGAGUGUUUCUACAAAUACCCCAUUGACUCUAAAGAAUUUAUCACACUAAUGCGAGCGUCGUCUGAAAACACGAUCGACGAGAAGAUAUUAAGAGCUGCCGCACAGUGGCCCAACACUUACACAUUCACAAAAGCAAUCACAGAAGUAGUUAUUAGAGACAGCAGCGGAAGUUUACCGGUCGGGAUUUUUCGGCCAUCCAUCGUGAUGAGUACCGCCCGUGAACCGCUCGUAGGAUGGAUAGAUAAUUAUUAUGGACCAACAGCAUUGACAGUUUCUUUCUCUACUGGCAUAAUAAGGUUUAUCAGGGGCGAUCCUGAUUGUUUGGGGAAUUUUAUGCCUGCCGACAUCACCAUAAAUGCUCUAAUUGCCGCCGCGUGGGAUGUUUUUAAUCAACCGCAAAAGAGAGGCGACAAAAUGUUAAUUUAUAAUAGUGUAUCGACGAACAAUGCGCCUUUGUUUAUGGGUAAUUAUGUCAAUUAUCAUCGAUUAAUCGUUCAAAAAUAUCCGAUGAAACACUGCUAUUGGAUGCCAACUAUAACAGUGGUCAAAAAUAAGAUUAUAUACAAAAUGUGCAUUUGGUUCGGUCACCUGCUGCCAGCUAUAUUCAUAGAAAUCUAUCAAAAAUGCAUAGGUGCUCGGCAAAGAAUAUGGAAGUUGUACGAGAUGUUUCACAAAUAUCAGAACGCAGUUAAUUACUUUAAAUUGCACAGUUGGACGCACAGCGAGGAUAAUAUUCAGGCGAUGUGGCGAAGCAUGAACAAAAAUGAUCAGUUUUUAUUCGACUUUAACAUGAAAGGUUUCGAUUGGCAGAAAUAUUUGGAGGAUCAUUUCAAAGGUGUACGCCUUUACCUGCUUAAGGAUGAUUUAAGUACUUUGGAAGAGAGUCGUAUCAAAUGGAAGAGAUUGUAUUGGAUACAUCAAGUGACAAAGAUCGUAUUUAUAUUCAUCGUAUUCAUGUUAGUCUGGAAGUUAUUUUCAGAAAUAUUUUCGAAAUCUUGAUUUAUUCCAUGCGCAAUUAUAAUAUUAAUUGGGCGCAAUAAGCACGCAUUAUAUAAUUUUUAUGAGAGAUAAUAUAAAAAGAAUAGUGUUUAUAUAAAAAUAUUAAAUUUUAUCAUAACUACAUGACAUUUCAAGAAGAAUAAUGGUAUAUUUCAUUUUUAAAAUGCAGAAUCCGAUAUUUAAGCCAGCCAAGUAAAAUACAUUUGUCUUAUACAAAACUUUUGUCUAUUAUUCUUUUUUUAUAUGCUUGUAUAUUAUAAGUUUUUUUUUAUUCUUUCUUAUACAUACCGAAAUACAGAAAGCUCAAGAUCGUCCCGGUUCGGUUGAAACUGGAAAUCUAGAACGAAUAUAUUUUCGUUCGUGAGAGAGUUAGUUUAUCAGAUUAAGAUUAAAAUUUAAUGUGAGACAUACGUAUAUAUACAUAAAAUUUUUUAUCUCAUUGCAUUUUAUACAUAAACACGUACAUGUCUCAUCUAUUAAAAGAAAAGGACAAAUUGUAAUGAGAGAUAUUUAUUUAUUCUUUACGUUACAGCGAUACUAUAUAAUAAUAUAAAAUUAGGACAAUUAAGAAUUAUGGCGCAUCCCGGAAAAAAAAAAUUAUAUAUAAUUAUAUAUAAAUUUUUAUUAUUAUAUGUGAUUAUAUAU